AUGAGUUGGGAGGUUUUCGAUGAAUCCGUAGAUUAUAUGCAGAAAAUAAGGCUGGCCCAAACGACGUCGUUUUGUUUGGUCCGCGCAGCACUGCCGUUUCCGGGCCCACAGUUUGCAAAUACAUCUUUCCCAAAGGAAGCAUAUUUUGAGAUUAGGGUUUUGCCUAAUCAUGGUGAAGAAAUGGAGGUGAAAAACAAGAUUACACAAGAGAAAUUGGAAGAGGUUGAGGUCGAAGAUGAGAGUUUUUUGGUGGCUAUAGGUUUGAUUGGAGGAAGUGAUUCACAUUUCCCAUUGAAUAAUCCAGGCAGCUUUCUGGGAUCUGUUGGCUUUGAUUCUACUGGUUCAGUCUAUCUUGAUGGAACGAAGCUCGUGGGCAAAUCCGAAAAUGGAGAAUGGGGCAGGACAGGAAACGUGAUUGGUUGUGGUUUCGAUCCAAACCAUAAAAGAGAGGAGGAAUUCGGACACCCGCUAUAUCCGACGGUCACUGCAAACGGCGACGUUUCAGUCGUGGUAAAUCUUGGUCAGAGCCCUUUCAAACAUGAUCCCGCGAAUUCGCGCAGAAUUCAGAACCCAUGCUUCAUGAACAAGAAUGCAAGCACAAAUACGGCGCCGUUCAAUGAAUUGGAUAGUCAAGAGCUCUUUUCCAUGGGAAAAAUCGAUGGCAAAUGGAAGCAAUGGUGUAACGAAUAA